ACGUCGAGUGCGUGUGCUGUCACUCUCCUUUCAAAAGGAGAACGAGGAGAAAGACGGGUGUUCGUUCGUCUCUAGUGAGUGAUUCGCGAGUUCGGUCAUUCAAUAUUCGAGUGUCUUGUAACGUGCACUUCCUCGCGUAGGAAGGUAUACUUCUUUUACGUAUAUCGGUAUCACGAUUGACUCUGAUUGGGAGUUUGUAGAAAGGUGGAGGAGAUUUUAUGCGAAGAUGUAAGGCACUUUGUAUAUCUCACAUCGUACGAGGAACGAAGGAACACCAUUUCCGACACGUGAAAUAUUCAACCGAUUCUCCCCAGACGAACGAAUGCGAGUUACCGUGAAAUGAAAAGGUGAGACUCGCAGUGCGAGAAGGUGUGUGAGGACGCGGGUUUCACGACGAAGGGACGAAGAAUCUGUGGAAGAAUUGAUGCUGCACGAGAGAUAUAUCUCCGUGAGAAAAGUUGGGCGUUUUACCAAGCGCAUGUAUUGCCAGUCUUAUUAAGCGGACAGCGCGAGCGGCGAGGAGGACUUUGCGGUUUUCGCGCGCGAGAGAGAGAGAGAGAGAGAGAGAGAGUAUUCAACCGAAAAUGGCAUUGACGUCUCGAUGUCGCGCAGGCGGUGGCGAGAAUCUUUCCGAGGAGUUGGUGACCGAGGAUGAGGGGACUAACGGGAGCAAUUUUGAGCCCCUGAGCGACUCCUGCGGCGAGAGCGAUAUGGAGGGUCUCGAUCUCUCCCUCUUCGAGCCGCAGGUCGACACCGCUUCCUGGUGCGACAGCCGCAUCCAUGCUGGAACUCUUCAUAUUUUGGUCCAUUACUGUGAAGCCGAAUGCUGCGUUGGUGAGGCUGCCAGCGAGGCAUGCUGGGAACCUUGUUACUGCGUCCUCCUGCAGGACGAGCAGACCCUCACGGCUUACAGGAGCGAGGACAUGGCGCUAUUCGCCGGGACUGCCUGUAUGUUCAAGUCGCACAACAAGUUGGGCGAUGCGAUGUUCGUCGAGCUGCCACGCGUCCGCUUGGAUGGCGGCGCACGUGCUUUUCGGCAACAUUGGGGCUACGAGACACGACCGUUAGCACCACCACCACCGCUAAUCGAGGAGGAUGAGGCAGCCAUCGAACCGGAAACUGUCAGUCUUCGGGAAGCUAACACCGCAUCUCCGAUAGAGUUAUACCCUCAACUUAAAUUCACAUUGGAGGAGGGAAGUGAUAGAUUAAAUUUUCUGGAUGUAACCUUGAUGAAGCACAAUAACUCCAUCAUUUAUGACUGGCACCAGAAACCUACGUCUUUGGACGCUUAUCUAUUAUUCACAACAUCCUCUGUCGGAAGGGGUGAACGAAAGGAGCGCGAAGGGAGUGCAUGGAAAACAAAUUUAUUGGGUCGUAGCAGCAAACCUAUAAUUCACUACGCGAAUUCAACAUCGAUAACUAAGAAGAUUUGA